AUGAACGAUAACGCCCUGCGCUCCUUCACAGUCGGGCUGGAUAUUCCAGGCUCACCGUGGGACGUUGCCACACGGAAUGACGUCCUGAACCCUCUACAAUCACUCGGGCCAUUGGAGAAGAUCACGGUGGAGAGUGAAGGUUCGGCCAUGCAGCACUGCUCGAACACCGCUUGGCCUGGCGUCUCGCCACUGUCUGGCACGAUUCCUCGCCUUCCUCACCCAAUCAUUGACGAGGCCCUUGCAUAUGCCGAUUUGGAAGGUGCAGCCUACGGAACGUACGUGCACGGAUGGCAUGUCUUCAGAGGCCGGCACAGAGUUUGCUUGGGAUACAGGGGCGCGGAUGCGGCGAAGAGGUCUCGCAUGAGGGCAUUGUUGUUGCGGGAGAGAGUCAAUCUCCUCAUGCAGGCGCGGGACAUCAUUGGCUUGCAGCGAUGCCUGGAUGAGCUGGAUGUCGUUGAGAUCCAGGACCGGGCUAAGGGUAAGGGCAAGGGCAAGAAAGUCCAGAAUUUGUUCAAGAAGUUCGAGGAGUGUCGCAAGGCGCGCAAAGGCUAG